AUAAUGGAAGAGUCGCCGGUAUCAGCUUUUGCGAUCUACAGCGCUAACCGAAAACCCGAUAAAAAAUCAAACCCAAAAAACUUAGCUCAGAAACUAAAACGUAAACAAAAGAAGAUGAAAGAAACAAAAAACAUCGUAAAGCAGAAAAGCCACAAAAAGAAGAAUACAAAAAAUGUCGAAGAACUAUUUAAGAUAAACGUACAUCAUAAGAAAAAUAAAGAGGAUAAGAAAAGUUUAAAAAAUAAGAAAAGCAUUAGUGAAGAGGAUACAGAAGAUGUGCCGGAGCUUGUACCAGCAUUUGAUGUGAGUCAACAAUUUAAUACUUCCAUCAGUGGUGUAUCCAACCAGUCAGAUUACAGCGAUUGUAGUAACUGCAGUAAUGAUGGCUCGUUCGAUUUUACACCAGUCGUGACCGAUAGCGCGGAGGAAGGACUAAAGGUAUUCAAGUGGAUGAUCUCACCAUACAACCCAGACCAAUUCCUUAAUGAAAUCUGGGAGAAGAAGCCCCUACACAUUGCUAGGAAAAAACCUGCAUACUACAAAGAAAUCAUGUCAACUCCUUUCAUUGAUGAUAUGCUUCGUAAUGAACACAUUCAGUUUACUAAAAACAUUGAUGUUACAUCCUAUGUUGAUGGGAAGAGAGAAACUCAUAAUCCGGAAGGCAGGGCUCACCCACAUCUUGUCUGGGAUUUUUAUCUAAAUGGCUGCAGCAUUAGACUGUUAAAUCCACAAACUUACAUGCCAAAAUUGCAUCUACUUAAUGCUACACUGCAAGAGUUCUUCAAUUCAUUUGUUGGUGCCAAUGCUUAUUUAACCCCUCCCGACAGCCAAGGUUUUGCCCCACAUUAUGAUGAUAUCGAAGCUUUUAUACUACAAGUUGAAGGGAAAAAACACUGGCGCAUUUACAAGCCUCUCUCAGACAAUGAAGUUUUGCCAAGAGUAUCUUCAAAGAAUUUUGAGCAGGAGGAAAUAGGUCAACCAAUAAUGGAGGUAACAUUGGAAGCUGGAGAUAUGCUCUACUUCCCCAGGGGCUUUAUACAUCAGGGAAUCACCAUAGAUGGAGAACAUUCUCUUCACAUAACUGUCAGCAUGUAUCAGAAACAUUCUUGGGCAGAUUUAUUUGAGAAAAUGAUUCCAGCAGCCCUUCAUCUUGCUAUCAAUGAAAAUGUAGAGCUGAGAAGAGGUCUGCCUUUUGAUGUUUAUGAUAACUUUGGGCUCGUUAACUCUGAUCUCAAAACACCAAGAAGAAAGGAGAUUCAGAAACUAAUUGUAUCCCUGUUUGAUAAAAUAAAAGAUCAUCUGCCAAUUGAUGAAGCUGUGGAUCAAAUGAAUAAGAACUUCCAGCAUGAUGCUCUUCCCCCUGUUUUAACUGAUUUAGAAAAAGCUGUCACUGUUUAUGGAGACACUGAUGUCAUGGUUGAUGAUGGAAAAGUCACCAACAGGGUUGAGAUCAGUCUUGAUACUAAAAUCAGGCUGCUGCGUAAAAAUAUCCUAAGAAUGGUUUCCGAGGAGGAGAAUAUUAGAUUGUAUUAUUAUACUGAGAAUUCUUUGGAGUACCAUGCUAAUGAGCUGCCAUAUCUGGAGAUUGAAGAGGACAUGGCUACCGCGAUUGAGACACUGAUCACGUCAUAUCCUGAAUAUGUAGCAGUAGAAAAUCUAGACGUACCUAAUGAUUCUGACAAGUUGAAUAUAGCAGAUGCACUCUGGGGGCGUGGCCUGGUUAUGACUGAAUACCCUUUAGAAACCAUUGAAGAUGAUUAAAUAAAUUAUGUCAUGAAUUUUA